CUGCACAACAAUCGCUUUGACGAAAUUUAUUAUUGUUUCAACCCUACCUCUUUGGCUUCUUGUGUGCUAUCCUAGUCUGAUAGUCAACCCCAAACGUUGUGUUCUCUUUUCCUUUAUUGGCUUGGAUUCCCUUUCCUCGCAUCUGACCACGAAACCCCAUGCAGUAACUACUACACAUCCAUAGGGUAUUACUCUUCAAGAUGGUCCUGGAUUAUAGCAAAUGGGACGCUCUCGAGCUGUCUGACGACUCGGACAUUGAAGUCCACCCAAAUGUUGACAAGCGAUCUUUUAUCCGCGCGAAACAGAACCAAAUUCAUCAGCAAAGGUUCCAACGCCGCCAGGAGAUCGCGACCUUAAAGUACGAGCGGAUCAUAAACGAUGGCCUUCUACAGCGCAUUGAUGGCCUGCUAGCUGCCUUGAGAAAGCACGAAGACAGCACCCGUCACCCAGACGAGCUUGUCUUCCAGGCACUGAUCGAAUCCGCUGGAGAACCAGAAAAGGACCAGCCUCCUCCCCCGCCGGAAGGAGUAUAUACUCAAGAGAAAGACACUCCGAAGUUCUCGCAGAUGAUGGGCUCAUUAGUCGAUCAAGUCAAGAAGGAGCUGGAUGAGACGAAGCCUGAAAAUAGGUUUCAAGGGUUCAUCAAGGGAGUGGAGGGGCAUAAGAACAAGGUUCUCAGCCUACAGCAGGAAUUGCUGGUGAAGCUCGCCCAGCUCGAGAAGGAGGAAAGCAGCAAGAUAACUAGUGAGAGCAUCCAUACGGGAUUCAAUAGCACAUUCAUUGCAAAACCUAAAGCUGAGCCCAAGCAGAAGCAGAAGGAGUCGACCGUCGAGCUGCUCAACGCGGGAUCUCUGACUAAGGACGAAGCUGGCACAGUCUCCUCCGGCGCGGAAGCGGAUGAAGAACCUGAGCCCGGGGAUGAGGAAGAGAUUAAAGUGACUCCUCUGGCGAAACAAUUCGCAAAGUUGAAAGUCGGCGAUUAUCGAAGCACUUUACAAUUCAUCAUGGAUCAUCCCGAGAUUGUGACUGAGCGGAAGACGGAUGAGCUCCUUAUGGAAGCUUUUAAUGGCCAGAUGUCUGGAGAGGAUGACUAUGCACGCCAAUGCGUUCAUCAGGGUCUGCUUCUUCAAUACUGUCGUGCCUUGGGACGAGACGGGGUGUCUCUCUUCUUUAAGCGCAUAACCACCAAGGAUCACCGGGCAAACGUUCUCUUCCAUGACGAUGUCAACAGCACCUACAACAGAAUCAAGACACGCGCCCACGAGCUGUCCAAGAAGUCCGAAGGCGUCGAACAAAUCCAGCUCCAUGCGGUCGACCCAUCCACCAAAAUUAGCAUUACUAUCCCGCCAGCAGACAGUACCGACCCGCAACAUAUUGCUGCCCGCGAGACGUUCGAGCGCUUCCCGCCUGGCCUUCAACGUGCAUUGGAGUCACAGAAUCUUGAUGAAAUAAACAAAGUGCUUGGCAAGAUGAGCGUUGACGAGGCUGAAGAGGUUGUUGAAAAGCUCGGUGAGAGCGGCAUUCUCAGCCUCGAGGAGGGUAUUGUGGAUUUCACCACUGAAGAAGGGAAGAAGAUGUUAGAAGAAAUCGAGGCGAGAGAAAAGCAGUCGAAGGAAGAAGAAGAAAUCGGGGAUCCGGAAUGAGCCUGACGGCGACUUUCUGAUGCCUUUGUUGAUCUCCUAUUCUCUUUGAUUUGUUGAGGUGCCGUCCACUAUGAAUUUUGAAAAAUCACCUCAUCCGCUCAAUUGUUUCCUCGCAGCCGAUGUUGUUGAUCCAUCUCCCAAUUUUUGUUGAUCUCCAACUUGUAUCCUCUUCCGCUGCACUUUUAAGAUGCAUUCCAACCAAAUGAAAUAAGAAAACAGGCAUAACUGUACACAGCUGAAAUGAUGUGCUUAAUGUUCAAAAAGAGAGAAUGAAUGUGGAGCUUUCUUACUUUUG